CUGAAGGUCUUCCAGUAUCAAACUGAUAUAAAUAGUUAGAAGCAAACUGCAUUUAUCCUGGACUGCUCCAACAUGAUUUGGUUUGUGGCUUUUCUAUCCUGCAUUGGGCUGAUUUGUGCUGAGGCACCCUUCAACCAUAAUGUUCACAAUGAGAGGGUCAUAGGAGGCCACGAUGCUAAACCCAACACCUGGAAAUGGCAGAUCUCUCUCCAGAUGGACUCAUACAAUGACGGAUCAUACUACCACCUCUGUGGAGGAACUCUUAUUGAUAGUUUCUUCAUCAUGACUGCAGCUCACUGUAUCCUCAGCAUGGAAGCUAGUCAGUACCGUGUGGUGGUGGGUGAGUAUAACCUGUAUGAGUAUGAAGGCAGUGAGCAGUUCAUCCGCGUGGAGAAGAUUACUGUCCAUCCUCAGUGGACUGGCGACCUUGCCAAAGGGAAUGACAUUGCUAUCAUGAAACUGGCUAAUCCUGUGUAUAACAAUGGCUACGUGGCUGUUGCUGACCUUCCCGCCCCUGAGCAGAUGCUGCCUCAUGAUUUCAUCUGCUACAUCACCGGCUGGGGCCUUAUGGACUACUCAGGGAGUGUCCCUGCCAUCCUCCAGGUGGCUCCCAUCAAUGUGGUGGAGCAUUCGGUCUGCUCCCAGCCUGAAUGGUGGGGCAGCAUUGCUCUGAGAUCCAUGGUGUGUGCUGGAGGGGAUGGAAUCAUUUCAGGUUGCCAGGGCGACUCUGGAGGCCCCCUGAGCUGCUACACUGACGGAGCUUGGAGAGUCCACGGUGUCGUCAGUUAUGGUCCAUCUGGCAUGUGCAACCAACUGACUAAGCCCACCGUCUUCACCAGGGUCUCCUUCUUCCUGGAAUGGAUCUUUUCAGUCACACAGGGUUAUUAGAUGACACAGUGUUUUGCCCAAGCCAUCUAAUGGAACCUGUGAAAUAAAAUUCAUCUGCCUUUAA